UUGUCGCAGACGGCGCGGGGGAGGUUCUGGGCCGUCCCUGCUAGGCGAGCGGGCCGAGCAGGUCGCGGAGGGGUGGUUGCGGUUUUUCCGGAGAAGUGGGGGGAAAGAGAUAAACAAGGUCGGUCAGGCAUGGUGCCGCCGUAUCGAUAGACUGAUCGAAGACUGAAUUAUCGGCGUCCCUGUGCCGCAUAAUGUUCAUUGGUGGCGGAAUGUCGUCUCCCAAAGUGAACAAGAAACAUGGGAAACGUCACCAUCAUCACAGAAGGCAUCAUCACCACUGCACGCAUGCAGUACUUGCAUCGUUGGAAGCAUCACAGAACCACAUUUUGGAACGGGUGAAGAAUGACAAGGUGAUAGUAACCGGUCCAGAAGAAGAUCGUCGAAGGCGCACCAUCAUUGUGGAGAGGAGGAAAGGAUCUUUCGGGUUCACACUUCAAACAUACGGCAUUCAUCAUAGACGGGAUGGGGAAAUCGAACUCAUCACGUACGUUGAUUACGUUGAGUACGAUGGGCCCGCUUUUCGAGCAGGGAUGCGGCCAGGGGACGUGAUCCUUUCCAUCAACGGACACGACAUGGAACGGGUGGAUCACAAGACGUUGGUACGCUUCAUUCAAGGCUGUGAGAGCACAAUGAGGAUGGUAGUCUUGUUUGAGGACUGUGUUCACAAGGUGGAGCUCCACAUCAAAUACUUGCGCCUCCAGAGGUUGCUUCAGGAGAAGGCACAGGAACUACAGAGUCUGUGUGAAAAAGAACGACAGCUUUUAAAAACGUGCAGGAUACGUUCUGGGAAAGAGCACGAUGAAACCAACCCCGAGAGUGCAUUAAUGUGGGCUGAGGACGAAGCCACUCUCGCAGCACUCACCUCUUCCCCGUGGAACCGACACAGCUUUAAGAUCUGCUCUCUACGCUCGGACCGCAGCUUCAACCAGUUGGCGGAUGCUGUCGCCGAGUCCCCGCCGCCGACGCAGAAACAGUUUGCGACACUUCCCAAAAGUGCACCAUCUGCCAAGAAAGCCAGCACUUCUCGGAGCCUUCCAGGGAGCUCGGUACCGACUCCGCGAGGGUCCUGGGAUGGACUGGAGUCGAGGUGCAGUACGGGGUUUUCGGGGAGCACCGGACUGUCGGAGAGCACCGACUUUUCCGAGACGGGCAGUCUCGGAGCAAGAAGUGUGGGCUCGCAGCCAAGGAGAUCGGACUGUGAGACGCCACCUUCUCCGGCUGGUGUAAAUUGGUCGGAAGACAAGGCAGAACACAGUGGCGAACAGAGGAAAGAGGAAGUCACAAGGUUGUGAAAUUGCGGGUGGUCACCACUGUGUUUGGGUGCGACAUACGUGCUUUUGUGUUGUAUGUAGGUAGUUAGUGUAACAAUCACACGAGAAUCAAAUACACACGAGAAACAUGGGACAGCUUCAAAUGCUACCUUGGAAGUCAUGGUGUUCUGAACUCUCAGUGAGUCAAGUAGAAUGACAAAUUAUUUUUAGAUGAAACUUUUUGGAAAUAAUGCGAGGGAACCUGCUUUAGCCAGUAAAAGUUAGUGUUUCUGAAGAAUUGCACUGCACAAAGAUUAGGAAUGUUUGUGUAUUGUUUUAAAAAUAGUCAGGAUUUUGCAGCACAUUUUUUUUUUGCAGUUUAAGGUAAACUGUUCAUAGCUCAAUGUGUUACAAACAUCUGUGAGUGGUAGAGCUCCAGUACCCAAGACAAAAUUUCAGGGACGAGAAUGAAGGAACAACAAAUACGUAGCAUAUGCAGAACACACACAAUGUAAUCAAAAGUUCCCGAACCCAACUAGUCAGUUUCGGGUGGGACUGAAAGUCUUGCGUUCCUAUGUUUGAUCCAGUUAUAUGUUUGUACAUGUGUGUUUGCCAACCUGUGAUUCACAGAUUUGAUUUUUACCUUUGGAUCGCAUGCCUGUGUUGCCGCAUGUGACUGGGUGGCUAUUUUUACGUCAAAGAGGUUAUUUACCCAGGAAGAGUUUGUAUUUACACUGUUGAUUCUGUGUUAUUGUUUCGUAGUACCUUCUACUUUGCAAGCUUUUGCAUAGGUAUGGUGCUUUACUUGGUACUAUGGUACGUUAUGAGGUUUGAAGCGAAAAUCUUACAAAUGUGCUCACAAUUUCUUUUUGUUCAUUCUCUGUGAUGAUUUAUUUGGUUGAUUUUUCACUUUUAUGAUGAUUAAAUGCUAAUUCUGGUCAUCUUCAGUGUCACAACAAAUUAUUUUUCGUUACUGUAGGUUUACAUGUCCAAUAACUAGGUAGUCAAAUUCAAAGUGAUCAUGCGUGAAGACUACGUGUUCUAGGCAUCCUGUAAUGGCUGUCAUCGCAACUCUGUGCUGUCUGCUUCACAAAUAUUGUCCUCUAUUUCAGUAGCUAAACACAUGCAGCUCUCACAGAUGUAUUUUCCCUGAUUGACGAACAACUGUCUUUCUUCUACUGUUGCCAAUGUGGUCAUUCCACCAUAUUUGGAUUUUGACCUUUUUUUUGUCAAUAAAAUAUAUAAUAAAAACUUU